UUCAACAUCGUUUGGGUCUGUUGGUCCCCUUAGUUAUAAUCCCCCUUCAUUGUUUAAAUGAUUCAGUUGCAUUAAAGCCGUGCAGUGGAAAACAUCUUCGGGAAGAAAUGGUUGACUUAAGUAUUUUAAAUUUAAACGACGAUUGUCUUCACCACAUUUUUAAGUAUCUAAGCCUCAAGGAUCUCGUAAAUUUAGCGGAAACCCUUACAAGAUUUCGACAGAUUCUGUUGGAUAGACCGCCAACCUUUUACCCAGUACAUCAUGGAAACGACCCCGAUGGUGAGAAACCAGUAUUGUAUUACUCCACGGUUGCCACCAAGCUAUUCAGAAUCGUAAAAAGUAACGUAAAAACUCUGCGAGUUUUCCAAGGUCAUACUUUAGAAAAUAAAGUCAAGGACUUUAGAAUUCUCACACAAGGAAGGAAUAAAAUUGAUUUGAGGUAUUGCCUCGGAGAAAUAUACAGACUUGAGGAUAUGUUUCGAUUUUCGUCUUGCUCUCAUGACUAUUUGAGUGUAAACGUCCCAUCUUGUAUUUGUUACCUUGAGGACUUUUUUCAACUUAUUCCCGAUGUGCGCGAGCUUCGACUUACUGGAUUCGCCAAGUGUUCCGAUUGUGUUAAAACAAUCUUGAAAUGCUUUCCCAAAAUGGAAGACCUAUGGAUUCGGGGAACUUGCCUUAGACUUCGAUCUGAUUAUGAGCUGAUAUCGCAGAUGGUAUCUUUGAGGAAACUGUCGAUAAAUGUUGGUGGACCCAAUUGUCUAGAGCCUUUGACCAAUUUAACUGAACUCCGAUCGCUUUAUGUGGAGAAUAUCUUCAGCUACAUAUCUCCAAUGGAAAUCAUAGAAAUCAUAAAAAAGUAGACAACUAAUCGAUGGAGCCUACUUCGAAUAUCGCCGGCAGACUUGAGACCCCAUAUUCUACUUCUCUUCAGUUCCGAAAGAACUUAAACUGCAAAUGCUCACCAUUCCUUUAUCAUCACUGAAAUAAGGACAACUUUGAAGUGUUACUCAAUGAUUUAUAUAUUUUCAUGACUUUUCGCUCAUAUAGAUUUGAAUACGCUUUAAUAAAUUUGUAUGCUUGUCAA